AUGGCUACCAUGGCAGCCAACAUAAGGGAUAUUGCCAACCAAAACUCCCUCAUGGCCCAAAUGCAAGGUCAGGGAGGUUUCCCCAUUCCUCUAUACGCCCCCCACGGGCACUAUCAGCAAGAGGACGAGGUUCAGAGUCAUAGGGCUGCCUCGCCAGACUAUGGCCGAGGUGAAAGCCCGUUCGAGAGGGAAGUGGGAGUCGACAUUUCCUCCAACUAUGCUUCUGGCCGACCCACCGAGGCCCAAAUGAGGCACGAUGAUUUUCCACCUCCAUAUGAACAAGAUCCAAGACAUAGGAGAGCUGGCAGUGUUUUUGACAGAAUUAGCCCCGCCGAAUCGAGGCUCAGUCAACAGCAGGCUCAGCAGCCUCGGAUGAGGCCACAGCCUCCACCCCCAAUGCCCCAGCAGUCGGAGAGAAGGCAUGAAAAUGCCCCCCGCGCUGCCCCGCAAAGGAGAGAGGAAAAGGCUAGGAACCGGCCCAGACCCUCUCACCAACAACCAAGGUACGAGGCCGAUGACUACGAUUCUGAUGAGCAGCAGAGGAACAGGGCAAACAGAGGCGUCCCACCUCCUCAAAGGCAGCGAGGUAGGGGUCCGACCUCCCACCUCAUGGACUACCAGAUGAACCAGACUGGAAAUGAGAACUCUGGACAAGCACUGGCCACCACAACUCUGAACGCGGUUCCUACCUUGGCAUAUGAGGAUGUCAACCCAAUUGUUGAGCCACAUUAG